AUGGUUAAUACCAUCCUCUUCAUCAUCGACGUGUUGAUGAUAUGGGCAGCCGUACCAUCAACUCAUGCAGACAUCAAAACAUGUCGAAAAUCGUAUCCACCAGGAACAACAGUCCCAAAUGACGAACUGAUGAAGGCUUUAUAUCUGGCGGACCCUAAUUUUGAAACCGGUUACCUGUACACUAUUGAUUUUGAACAAAAAGUGAAAGCUCGGUUGGUCCACAGCACUUUAAGCUACAACUCUUGGUUAGCAAGAGAACACGACGCUCUGAAAGAAAUGACUAAUCUUUGGUCCUACUUUAACCAUAUCGUUUUGUCGGACCUUCAUGAGCUAUACGCCCAUUACACAUUCAUCAAAGUUGGAGCCCACAAACCUAGAGGAAUCGUCAACUUUGACACUAUCUCUGAUUUAUUCAGAGAAGCAUGCUCGACAUGGGACACUGUUAAAGAGACUUGGCCUUAUAGCUGCUUGGAGUCCAACUUCUUCUGUCACAUGCAAGCUGCUAUUGACCAAAUGAAACAGAUCGUCGUGGAAACCUAUUGGAAAAAUUGGGACCAGACGAUCUUUCAAAAGAUAUCGAGUCUUGGUGUGGAUUCGCCCUGGCGAUCCAACGUAAUCGACACCCUUUUUAACCCAGUUAUUUUAAAGUUUAUUCCAGAAAGGGAACAGGAGAACGUUUUCUAUCAUUCAAAACUGGUGUGGCAUUAUCUUCCAUUAAUAAAUGAAAAGUCAUUUUUCCGUAGGUGGUUCACUUGGGCCAAUAUUGGAUUCCAAGCAGUCGAGGAUCAAGUCACCAGAAAGUGUUCUCAAAAGUCAGGGCAACCGGUCGCUGUAAAAUAUUACUGCAAAGCUAAAGACUUCGCGGCAAAACUCCGAACCUGCUCUGGACUAACGGACCCCACUCCAUGUAUGUACUACAGCGCCGUUCAAGACUAUUUUGUACGGGGAGGAUUUGGUGAAUACGUUGAACUGAGAGUCAUAAAUGACACUAUUGAUAUCACUCGUACGGUCUUGGCAGAAUUCAAGGAUAGAGUCGUAGCUAAUGAUCGCAAUGGUCUCAACUGGCUAUACAAUAAAUACAAUCCUUAUAUUACCGUAGAUGAUUCUAUGUGUCAUACAGAUUGGCCAAAGGCAUUCGACUGCACCAACAACAUCGGAUGUGAUGAAUCGAUGUUUGACUGUAAUGGUGGAUAUACGUGUAGAAUCAACAUGAUGUACAGAUUCGACUGUGUGCUGAAGUUCGUCCUGAAACAGACAAAGCAACUUGUGGACGCCUCAUCACAAGGAAACUGGGGGAGCUCUGGGGUUGUCAAAGCGAAGAAUGACCUAAUGUUGUGGCUAUCGUAUUUACCAAUGACUCGUUUCACAAGUUUAACUGACAACGAAAUUAACAGUGUCAUCAUAACUACCCAGGCCAAAGUCAAAGAAUACGUUACCAGCUACGACACACAAGGACUGAAGACAUUCGUCUCAAAUUUACCCUCAAUGAGCUUUGUUCCUCAGUGGGCAAAGGAUGCCGCUUGUCAACAAGUAUCCAUACCCAAAGAGUACGCCGUGUUCUGCCACCUGGAACCUCUUCUAAAUAGCAUCUUUCUCUUUAUCAACGCUUUUGAAAAUAGCAAGACGUCGACGACGAAGAUUCUGAACCCAUCAGCGGACUAUGGUACAGUUCUCGGUCAGCUUCAACUACAAAGAGUAGGCAGUCUCAUCAACUUACAGACUCAAGAAAUCUCCAACCAAUUCAGAGACGAAGUACAACACAACUUUCAAGAGCUGUCCGGCUAUUUUUCAUCUCUGGCAGCAUACGAUAAGACAAAGGCCGAAGCAGAUAUUGCGUAUAUCACUGGUCAACUAAGGACAUUCAAAGACAAAAUUUCGUCUGUUUCUAGAAAAGUUGCAAAAUCAUACCAGGUAGUCCUCUGUGUUGCUAUCGGAAUCAAUGUUGUCGAGCUGGUUCAAAAAACUGUUGAAGUAGGAAUAGCCAUGGCACAAGUUGCUAAUCCGUUAAGUACAAUUUUGGGUGGCUCAAGCAUCCUUGAUCUUGCAGAUAAACUCAAUGGUUUAGCCCAAGCAGCGAAAUGGGAGACGGUCGCUGAAACACUUUGUGAAGCUGCCUUUUCCGCUGAGACAGGGACAGCCGCAUUGGGAGAAAUUGGAUUAGCCAGUACGGGUGACUGUGUUAAUAUUGGAAAUCAAAUUGAAGAAUUGAUAACCUAUUAUGAAGAACUUUACGAAAACCAAUUUGAUUUUAUGGACUCCAUGUCUGAUGCUGCCCGAGCUUACCUCGCUUACCAGAAAGCCAGCGAUCUAAAAUCUGCAUACACUAAUAAAAACAAAUUGACUCAAGAGUUCCUGAAACACACCGCAGUUAAUGCGUAUACAAUAUCAACACUGAACGUUUGGGAAAUAGUUACUGAAUAUUGCGUUGUCCUAACGUACACCAGAGGCGGAGAGGUGCCUGAUAAAUGUGAGACAGCUUUGAGGUCUCCGUCCCACCACGCCGUAGCACAAGUCAUGGGUUACCGACCAGACCCUCUCUGUCAUACCAACAAUGAAAUUACCGCCUACCGAGACAUUCCCACGACGCCAACUGGUGCUAACGAUCAAGCUUACAUAGAUCUGAACGCUCUUUACGCUAGAGAAACCGUUUCAUUCAAGAUACCUAACUUCCAAUGGUUAAAAAACAAUGGAUGGUUCGGCCAAUAUGACCCCGAGAAGGCCGUAUACAUUAAACGCUUUGAGAUAUUCCUUCCUCCAAUGUCUGGACAAAAUAAUCACCUCAUAGAAGUUGAAGCUCAACCUGGUAUGGCGAACUACCUUCGAUAUGGAGGAACUAAGUAUCUACUUCCGGUCUCUAGGUACACAGCUCGAUAUACCGAGAAUGCUUAUAACUGCUAUAGUACUAAAAUUACCAACCCUUAUGCUUUGUGUAAAGAUGAUGAUUUGGUUCAGCUUUGUAUCACUUCCAAUGGUUUUGUGGAUAGAAAAAUACAACCUUCAAUAUAUAACGAAUGGAAGAUAACAGUUAAUUCUUUACCAGCUGGUCAAACCGCUCCUCAACCAAAAACCAACUUUAAAAUUCAGGCUGGAAUCACCAUGUGUGUAGUUAACUUGUCUUCCUCGGCCAAAAAACGUGAAAUACCAACUUUAAGCAGUAUCUUGACAAGAAGAGAAUUAAACAGGACCAGACGAGCUGAACAUCACUGCUGUGCUUCAAACCAAUACUGGACGGGCUCGCAAUGUUCUUCUUGUCCCUCCGGUUCUCGCCAGAAACUACAUGGUGUUUAUUGUCAGUAG